GGGGGUCAAUGAUGGAAGCACGUUCGUGUGGAGGACAGUCACAAAGAUUUUUUCUUGAAGAAAAAAAAUCCCCCAACAGCCUCAGAACAACACCCUUCAACCGUCAUAGAUACCGCCAUGUCUGAACAAGCAAACGUCAUUGGUAUCAACUUUGGUACAUCAUACUCGUCCAUCUCCUACAUGUCCAAGGAUGGACGCACUGACUGCAUCGCCAACGAAGAUGGUGACAGACAGAUUGCUUCAGUUUUGGCCUUCUCCGGAGAAGAAGAGUCCGUUGGCUCUCAAGCCCAAGCACAAAUACCACGCAACCCUAACAGCACUGUUGCACACUUUAGAGCACAGAUUGGAAAGAGUUUCGAAAGUGCUGAUGAAUUGACUGGAGCUGCCUGCCCUAUUGUUGACAAGGACGGCAAGGUUGGCUAUAACGUCUCCCUCGGUGAAGAUAAGACUCAAAUCUUCACAGCAAAGGAGAUUACUGCCAAAUAUUUGAGACACUUGCGUGAAUCUGCCGAGGCUUUCCUCGGUAACCCCAUCACCGGUGCCAUUGUCUCCGUUCCCUCUUACUUCACUGACGAGCAGCGCGAUGAGCUUAAGCAAGCUGCUGCUGAUGCUGGUGUCAAAGUCAUCCAGAUGAUUCACGAAUCUGCUGCUGCCGCUCUCGCAUACGGUAUUGGUCACAACUCUUCUUCCAAGGAUCCCCAAGAUAAGACUGUUGUUGUUUGCGACAUGGGAGCCCACUCCUUCGAUGUCACUGUUCUCAAUGUCCGCACUGGCGUUUACUCCAUCCUUGCUACUGCUCACGAUACCAAGCUUGGAGGAGCCAGUUUCGAUGAGAACUUGCUUAACCACUUUGCUGCUGAGUUCAAGAAGAAGAACAAGAUCGAUAUCAGCGGUAACAAGAAGGCUCUUGCUAAGCUUCGCGCUGCCUGCGAAGUUACCAAGAAGAGCUUGUCCAGCGCUAACUCUGCACCAUGCUUUGUUGAAUCUCUUGCCGAUGGUCUUGAUUUCCACACUACCAUCAACCGUCUUAGAUUUGAAAUGCUCUCCAAGGUUGUGUUCAACGAUGCCUUGAAGGUCAUUGAGGAAGUUUUGAAGAAGUCCGACUUGGAUGCCUCUGAAGUUGAUGAAGUCGUCAUGGUUGGUGGAUCUGCUCGUAUCCCCAAGCUUGCCAGCAAGUUCCGUGAAGCCUUCACCAACGAGAACACCAAAAUUAGAAGCGAACUUGAACCUGAUGAAGUUGUUGCUACUGGCUGUGCUAUCCAGGGCUCUUUGAUUGCCGAGUUCGAUCAAGAAACCAUCGAGUCUUGCGUCCACCCCGUUGUCACCUUGACUCCUCACACCACCAAGCACAUUGGUACCCUCAACGCCAAGGGUGAAUUCAUCACCAUUGUUCCACGAUACACAUCCCUCCCAACCCGCCGCAUCUUUGAAUUCGGUAACGCACAGCAAGGCCAAACUCAAGCCUACUUUGCCUUGUACGAAGGUGAUCACGAAAUUCCUUCCACCAAAUUGCUAGAGGCUGUUCUUGCUUUGGAGAACGGCAUGGAACUCGGUGUUUCCAAGAUUGAAGCUACUUUGACCAUCGAGAGCAACAACAAGAUUAACCUUGUUCUCCGAGAAAAGAAGGGUAGCGCUGUUGUCAAGGUC